AUGUUCCUCCUCGACCUGACGACCGCGGACCUCCUCGAGCAGACCGGCGCCGCGACGUUCGAGACGCGGCUCGAGGCGGCGAUGAAGAUCGUGCUGGCCUUCAUCAAGGGCCGCCUCGUCGGCGGCGGCAAGGACGUCGUCGGCGUCGCGUUCUGCGGCGACGGCUCCGGGUCCACGGACGGCUGCUGCGCGCUCGCGCUGGGCGCGCCGACCGCGUCGGGCGCGCGGCCGCUGCAGGACGCGAUCGCCGCGGGCGUCUUCGCCGACGCGGGCAAGGUCAAGGCCUGGCUCGCCGCCGCCGACGCCCACGCCGUGAAGAGCGAGGAGGGGUCGCUGCGCAACGGCUUCCACGCGUGCCAGCGCGCGUUCGACGGCCACGGCGCGCGCGACGCGAGCUCGUCGAUAAUCUACGUCUUCUCGGCGGCGGCCGAGCCCUACGCGUCGCCCGCGGAGCGCGACGUCUGCCUGACCUUCGCCCAGGACGCCGCGGACGUCGCGCUCGAGGUCCACGUCGCGCACUUUGGGCUCGACGACGAGCUCGACGCGUUCUGGGGGCCGCUCCUCAAGGCGAACGCGCCGCCGGACAGGCGCGGCGCGCCCGCGGACUGGCUCCGCAACGCCUACCCCGCCGCGGGCGCCGAGUCCGUCGAGUCGCGCGCGCAGACGCGCACGUCCGCGACGCGGGGGCGCCUCGCGGAGAAGCUCGCCCUCGCGCUGCCCGGCGGCGACGGCGCCGCGGCGAUCCGCGUCGCGCGGCGCACGCUCGCGCGCGCGCCCGGCGCGCUCGCCCAGAAGAAGGUCGACGCGAACACGGGCGAGCUCGUCACGACGACGUCGCAGGAUUUCGACGCGACGACGGCGUCGAUCCUCGACGCGUCCGCGAUCCGGACCUACGUGCCCCUGGGCCCGCUCGCGGACGCGGCCGAGGCGGACGUCAAGCGCGCGAACCGGUGCUACGUGGACCGCGCGCAGCUCAAGGAGUGCGACGACGCGUCCGACGUGCUGGGCUUCGGCGACGGCGAGGUCGCGCUCCUCGGCUUCGCCGCGCGCGGCGACGUCUUCCCGGGCGGCGCGGAGCUCGUGAAGACGACGCACGCGUCGCUCCUCGCGCCCGACGACGACCUCGGGCCGGGGUCGUCGCAGGUCCUGUCCGCUUUGGUCGAGGCCAUGCGCGAGGAGCGCGUGGUCGGCCUCGCGCGCUACGUGAAGCGCAAGCACGCGGCGUGCCCGCGCCUGGUCGUCCUGGCGCCGGACGACCGGGGGCUCCUCUUCCACGAGCUGCCCUUCGGCGACGAGCGCCGCGACAACCGCGGCGCGCCGGCCUCGCUGAAGCGGCCCCGCGAGGACGAGGGCGACGACGCGGCGGAGACGGCGGCGGCGCUGGACGCGGCGCUCGGCGCGCUCGUCGCGGCGCUGAGCGGCCGCGCGCGCGACGGCGGCCCCGCGGACCCGGCGCGCGUCUUCAACCCCGCGCGGAGGAACCACUUCGCGUUCCUCGAGUCCGUGGCCUUUGGGCUCGACAGCGAGGGGCCGGACUCCGUCGUCCAGCGCGCGUGGCGCGACGGCGACGCGCAGCGGCCCGCGAGCGACGACGCGCUCGACGGGCGCGUCGCGGCCGUCGAGGCCGCGCUCCCCGCGGGCGGCGUCGCGGCGCGCGCGGCGAAGAAGCCCAAGCCGGCGGCGGCGGCCCGCGUGCCCAAGGAGCUCCUCGUCGACCCGCUGAACCGCGACGCGCUCAAGGCCAACUUCACGGCGCCGGCGCUCAAGGCGACGGCGGAGGACCUCGGGCUGGCCAAGUCGGGCACGAAGGACGCGAUCAUCAACCGCAUCGCGCACCACCACAACCACGAGCGCAUCAGAAUGGAGAGCAGCCCGGGCACCAUGUUCCUCGUGCCGGGAAAGUUGGGCAAGAGGACGCCGCGCCUCUUCCGGCUGAGCGCCGAGGACCACGCGAUUAUCAUCACGAAGAGCGAGGAGUCGUCGCUGGAGAUCGCGCGGCUGCCCCUCGAGGAGCUCAUGACGGUGACGCUCGCCCAGGACGAGGUCGACCACGAGCUGCGCGUCGAGCUGGGCACGCGCUGGUCGACCAUGCGCCUCACGGCCGUCGCCGGCGGCGCCGGCGACCCGCGCGCCUUCGUCGAGGCCAUCGCCGCGGCGACGGCCGCGGGCGUCCAGGAGGGCUACGAGAGCGACGCCGACGCGUCCGCGGCGGCGUCCCGUCCGCGGGCCGCGCGGCGGCGGCCAUCGACGCGGAGACGCGGAGCGGCGAGGCCGCCGCGCNGCGCGGCGCUCGACGGCGCGGCCGCGGCGGGCAAGGCGGGCCGCGCGGUCCACGAGGGCCUCGUCUUCAAGCGGGGCCGCAAGCAGUCCAAGGCGAGCCGCCUCGCGGGCCUCGUGCGCAGCGGCGCCUGGCGGCCCCGCUUCGCGCGGCUCGACGGCCGGGGCACGCUCAAGUACUACGUGCAGGCGGAGCUCUUCUCCGGCGGCGCGCCGCGCGGCGAGGUCGACGUCCGCGGGGCCGUCGUGCGGCCGCUCCUGGGCGCGGCGAAGCCCCACGCGUUCCUGCUGACGCUCGCGUCGGGCGAGGACGUCGCCUUCGCCGCGGCGACGAAGGCCGAGGCCGACGCGUGGCGCGCGGUGUUGCAUUUCGCCGCGGACACACCGCCCGAGGGGGCCGCGCCGGCGCCGUCCGUCGACCCGAGCCGCAUCGUCGGCAUCGGCGGCGGCGAAACGGUCGAGCCGAAGGCGGACGGGGCGGCGGCGCCGUCGAAGAUCCGCUUCGCGCUGCCCGAAAAGGCCGAGGCGGCGGCGGAGGCCGACGCGCCGCGGCCGCAGUCGACGAGGCGCCACGUCUCCGUCGCGGACUUGAAGUCCGUCGAGUACCGCCAGGUCCUGGCCGCGGCGCGGCGGCGCGCGGCGGCGGCCGCGCGGGCCCUGGGCCACAUCGCGGCGUCCGUACAUUUGGACGCGGAGAGCCUGCACUACGCGGUCGUCGACGACGCGGGCCCGGGGUCCGCGGCGGCCGUGUCGUCGCGCUUCGCGGACCUCGCGCGGUCCUGCGCGGCGUUAAGCGGCGUCGCGCUGCGCCAGCUCGAGUACUCCGUGCACCUCGCGCGGUCCGCGGAGGUGCGCCUCGUCGACGCGCUCGUCGGCGAGCGGUGGCGCGGCGGCGGCACGCUGCUCAAGCCCAACUUCAUGACGUCGGCGCCGCGCGCGGCGCGCCAGACCUUCCGGGGCAAGGGCACGUGGCGGGCCCGGUUCUUCGCGCUCGACGAGAAGCGGCGGAAGCUGCACUACUACCGGUCGACGAAGUACGCCGUCGUCGACUACCUCCAGAACGCGCACAGUAGCCAAAGGCUCCGCACGUCGGCCCUCAUCGCCCAGUCGCCGGACGUCGCCGGCGACGCGUCGCUGGAGAACGACGAGUACGACCCCGAGUACGACCCCGAGUACGACUCGGACUCGGGCGUCGACGCGGCGGCCGCGGCCGCGCCGCCCGCGCCGGAGGGCUACGUGCUCAAGGGGACCAUCGAUCUGCGCGAUGCCGUCGACGUGCGCUCGUCCCGCGCCCCGAAGGCGCCGCCCUUCGCGCUGGACGUCGAGACGCCGUCGCGCGUCUACACGGUCGCGCCGUCGACGCGCGACGACAUGAAGAUCUGGUACGCCGUCCUCGGCCGGCUCGUCCGCGCCGCGGCGCAGAAGCGGAGCCGCGCGGCGACGGUGGACGAUAAUGGUGGCGAGUCCGACGACACGGACGACGACGACGACGAGGACGCCGCCAUCUACGAAGCCGCGGGCGUGCCCUCGUCGCGCUGGCUCGAGGCGCAGGCGCGGCGCGAGAGCGUCGUCGAGGACGACGACGACGACGAGGAGGUGCUCGAAGAGGAGGACGACGACGACGACGAGCUUCUGGAGGAGGACGACGACGACGAGGAGGACGCGUCGCGCGAACUGCAGGACCGCCUCAACGAGGGCCUCCGCGACGAGCUCGAGGACUCGAAGCGCCGCGUCGAGGACUUGGAGGCGGAGAAGGACGAGGCCGGCGCGCGAGCGGCGCAGCGCAUCGAGGAGCUCGAGCGCGAGAACGAGCGCCUCGUCGCGGCCGCCAAGGCCGCCGCGGAGGCGGCCGCGGCGCCCGCCGCGGAGGUCGAGGCGCCCGCGGAGGACGCGGCGGCGCCGCAGGAGCAGGAGGAAGCGGCCGCGCCCCCCGCGGCCGAGGCCCGGGCCCGCGCGGAGCCGGAGCCCGCGCCGAGCCUCGGCCGCGAGCUGAGCCGGCACCUGAGCCGGCACCUGAGCCGCCACCUGCCGGCCCAGCUCAGCCAGCACCUGGGCGAGCCCGCGCCCGCGGAGGCCGCGGAACCCGCAGAGCCCGCGGAGCCCACCGAGCCCGCGCCGGCGCCCGCGGAGCCCGCGGCGCCGGCGCCGGCCGAGUCCGCGGUGUCGGCGCUCGUGCGGCGCGUGAGCGCGCUCGUCGUCGGCGAGCCCGAGCCGCGCGUCGACGUCGUGCGCCGCGCGGAGAAGGAGGCCAUGGCCGCGCUGCGCGCGGCGCGGCGCGAGCUCGCGGGGCUCCGGGCCCUCGAGGAGGAGUCGCGCCGCGCCGCGGCCGCCGAGGCCGCGGCGGCCAAGGCCGAGACGGCGGCGGCCCGGGCCGAGGGCGCGCGGCGGACCGAGCUCGCGGCGCAGGCCGCGGCCGGCGAGAGCCUCGUCGUCCGCGAGCGCGGCGGCGCGGACGCGCCGCCGGCCAAGGUCGCGCGGCGCGUGAACCGCGCGCUGGACCACGGCAAGGCCGUCUUCUUCCAGUUCAAGCCCCACCGGAGCGGCGAGCGGUCCCUGGACCCGAGCCUCGGCGCCGACGACGAGGAGUUCGAGUUCGAGAUCCUGAGCCCCUUCGACCUCCUCGACGACGACGACGGGUCGCGGUCGCUCUACGACGGCUACCAGGCCUGGCGCAGGCAGCACUCCAUCCGCACGGAGUGGGAGGUCUGGAACGCGUCCCUCGCCGACUACAUGCGCGGCCAGCAGUCGCGCUACCUCGCGUCGCUGACGCUGCUCGAGGUCGACCGCCCGAACACGUCCGUCGUCUGCGCGCUCCGCGUCCAGGACUCGCCGGCCGAGUACCCGCAGCCCGUCAAGUUCGGCGACGCGAUCAUCGUCUGGAGCCCGAACCGCGACAACAGCGACAAGCUCUCCUUCGCGGACCGGUCCACGGCGUCCGCGCCCGUCGUCAGCAACCUCCUCAAGUGGCUCUCGCACCACCGCGUCCUCUCCCAGCGCGUCUUCCGCACGGACGCCGCGGACACGGACCAGCAGGGGCCCCUCUCCUACGACGCCAUGUACCGCAAGCUCUUCCAGAAGGCGCGCGUGCGGUCGCCGGCGGCCGCCCACUUGGGGACUGGCAGCGCGCAGGCGGCGACCGCGCCGCCCGCGGCGACGACGCCCGUCCAGUUGAGCCGGUCGAGGCGGCGGAGCGUGAACGUGCGCCAGUUCUUCGCAAACUCGUCGCGCGACGCGAUGGACGAGCCGCCGGGCUCGACGCCCGCGCGCCGGAGGCGCCACGCGCGGCGCCCGCCGCCGAGGACGAUCGGCGCCGGCGGCGCCCGGUCGCUCUCGUCGACGAACGUCGCCGACCGGCCCAUGUUCAAGGCCGGCAUCCGCACGUGCGUCUGCGUCUAUCGCGAGUCUGAUUUGGAAAUAGAAACGAUGAUGGCGACCUGGCGCAUAGCCGGCCCACGUCCGGAAACCUUGCCGCCGCUGCACCUGUCCUUCGUCGUCGACGGCUCGACGGAUCCCGAGAACCCCAGCCAUAGUCUCCUCGCUCUCUGCCGCUGCCUCGGCAUCGACGCCGCCGCGCCGGCGGACGCGGACCUCUUCGGCUGCCGGAGAUACGAGGGCGAGAUGCGGGCGUCCGCGGGCGCCUCCGACUUCUCGGGCGACCGCGAGGAGACCAAGGAGGAGGGCGCGCUGAAGACCUACCCCUUCGAGGUCUGGGUCAAGAACGGCGCGCUGCCGCGGGGCAAGCGCAUAUCCUUCGCGCGCGCGUCGCGUCGAAGGAGCUGCACGACGCCGCCGACGGCCAUCCACUUCCAGGACGGCGACACGGGGUCCGAUCGAGGCCUCGCCGACGUGGAGAAGCUCUUUCUCCUCCUCCUCGAGGACGACGACACGGGCGUCGUCUGCUCGAAGACGCGGCCGGCCCAGUACAGCCCCUGGGUCUGGCUGCUACGGACGCAGCAGCUCGAGUACCUGGAGAUGUUCGGCGGCCUCGGCGGCUUCUCCUGGUUCCGGAGCGUCGGCUGCGCCGUGGGCAUGUCCGUCAUGUACCGCUGGACGGCGCUGCGGGACGGCGUCGUCCACGAGGGCAUGACGGUGCUGGAGAAGUACGUCUCGACGUCGCGUUCCAUCGUCGAUCUGGUCAUGCUCGACAUGGUGGAGGACUACGGCAUGACCAUGUACAUUUUGCAGUCGGGCGCCGGGUCGGUGAUGAGCCAUUUGACUCAUUUUCGGACCUGCGUGCCCGAGACCUGGUGCGACUACUUCGGCCAACGGCGCCGCUGGUACACGGGCGGCCUCGUGGGCAACUUCGUGAUCCUGUUCUCGCGGACCUACCUGACCUGCAAGUACUACCGCUUUUGCUUCUGGCCGUUCCUGUUCAUGACCUACAUGUCGGGCGUCUGCUUCGGCUUGGGUACGAUGACCUACUCGAUCGCGACGGCGGCGACGUACGCGUGGGUCGGCAACGCGACGGACGACCCGACGGCGUUCGGCGAGUUCGACGUCUAUCAGGCCUGUGUCAGCGUCGAGCGACGGGAGUGUUUUUUUUGCGUGAAUGUCGCCUGA